UCACUGCAGCAGAUGGGCUCCGAUGGUCUACCAUUGGAUCCGCGCGACUGGACACGCGCCGAUGUCUGGAAAUGGCUAAUCAAUAUGGCGGUAUCCGAAGGUUUGGAAGUGACGCCUGAACUGCCUCAAAAAUUUCCCAUGAACGGCAAGGCGUUGUGCCUAAUGAGCCUCGAUAUGUAUCUGUGUCGUGUGCCGGUUGGCGGUAAAAUGCUGUAUCGUGAUUUUCGCGUACGAUUGGCGCGUGCCAUGGCGUUGCUGUCCUAGACGAUAGACUUAGAUAGAUACAUAGAUGCAGACAUAAGGAUAUAAAGAAAUAAGUAGUUAGUUAACUGUUUUUUUUUUGUAAAUUACUAAAUAAAUAUGUAAAGAAGUAAAUAUUAAAAUUUUAGAUACAUACAUACAUACAUAUGUAUGUAUUUAAGUAAGCCAGUAAGCUGCGAAAAUUCAUUAAUUUCGUAUGAAAAAUUAAUUAUUUAAACAAAUUCACUGUCCUAUUAGUUUUAUAAGCAUUUAAAAGUUAAUUCAUUAUUUCAAAUUGAUACUACACAAAUAAUUGUUUUUUAUUUUAUAUAUUGUUAUACGCAUUGAAUCCAAAUUCAAUGAAGAGUAUUGUAAAUUAGAAAAUUUUAAAUAUACAAAUGUA